CUGGCAACACUGGCGACAGCAGAGAGCAAACCGAAAUAAGUGAAAAUUUUUUAUAAUGAAAAUUUGGGAAAAUAUCAAUUAAAAUAAAAUAAGUCCUAAAUAAAUAUAGAAAAUUAACAUUAAUUGAUAAACUCUUCAAACCAAUAACUAAAUCAUUAAGUGCAGAAGAAAACAAUAAGGUUUUUUAUGAUAAUAAAUAGAGAUUAUAACACGAGAAGACAAACAACAGGCACAAAUUGCAGCAGCAGUUCUUUAGGCAAAGAAAAAGUGGAUCAAAUUAUUACUUACACAUUUCGAAAAAGAAAACGAACAACACAAGAAAAUACUCAUCAAAAGGCACAUUUAAACGCAGCUGGAGCACAAUAUUGUACAAAGAUGCUGAUGGAAUUUUAAAAAUAAUAAAAAAAAAAUCAAAACAAACACAAAAUUUGUGUGUGAUUUUAUUUGUUUAGUGAAUUUAAAGUGAAACUGGCGAGACUACGUCGAAGAGAAGUAGAGGUGGGGAUUGUGUGUCUAAAAUAACAUAUGAAUAUAUUGGAAGCUAUCGGUUAAAGGUGAAAUAAACCAAAAAUAUAAAGAAACGAUUCCCAUUUGUAUUACGUUUGUUUUCUGUAAAAUAAACAAACAAUUGUACAAGAGUCACUCAUAAAUACUUGCAUAUACACACGUACAACGUUCGCUCAUUUCAAUUCUUUUUUCUUUUUAAUAGAAACAAAAAAAGAUCUGUUCAAUAUUUAAAAAUUCAAGGCCAAAAGUUAUAAACAAAUUGCAAAACCAAAACUAAACAAAUAAAUUCGAGGUAUCAGUAAUAAGUGGAGUACAGUACAGAGGAAAUAUGUCAGCCAACAGUUGCACAGCAGAACAGGAUUCUGCUAAAGAAUCUCUUCUACGACAACGUACACUGAGUGACAAAACAUUAACUGCAGCACUCAGCAAUGGUGCGUUAUUGUCCGAUGUUGGUCCAGUUAAUGGCAAACUACAUACUAAAAAUGCUAAUAGCAACCAUGCUUCCAACGACAACAGCACCACAUCAAAUGCUGUAACAUCUACCACCGGCACAUUUAUGAAACUGAAAACGUAUCUUUUAGCAUUACGACCCUGGUCUUUAUCCGCCAGUUUGGUGCCCACUUUAUUGGGUUCAGCAUUGGCUUUUCGCUCACAAUGGUCGGCAGAGUUUUCGUUUAUAACAUUUUUCCUAACCGCCUUUACAGCCGUUACGGUUCACUGUGCCGGUAAUGUGGUGAAUACAUAUUUUGAUUUUAUCAAAGGAAUUGAUAAACAAAAGGCUGACGAUCGUACCUUAGUCGAUCAUAUUUUAUCAAAAGAUGAGGUAGUUUCUCUUGGUGCAAUACUUUAUAUGGCCGGUUGUGUGGGCUUCAUCUUUUUAGCAAUAUUAAGUCCCGCCAAAAUGGAACAUUUAGCUCUAAUCUACUUUGGUGGCUUAUCGUCGAGUUUCUUGUAUACCGGUGGCAUUGGUUUCAAAUACAUUGCAUUAGGCGAUUUAGUUAUAUUGAUAUUAUUCGGUCCCAUAUCUGUAUUAUUCGCGUUCAUGUCACAAACGGGUCAUGUUGAUUGGACAACCAUUUAUUAUGCCAUACCUUUGGCCCUAAAUACGGAGGCUAUUUUGCAUAGCAACAAUACACGAGAUGCUGAUAAUGAUCGCAAAGCUGGCAUUGUGACACUGGCAAUUUUAAUCGGCCGCACAGCAUCGCAUGUUUUAUACGCUCUACUCCUAUUCACACCCUAUAGUGUUUUUGUUGUUUACGCUUUAAAAUAUUCAUUAUGGUUUCUAUUGCCUUUGAUAACGGUGCCACAAGCUUUUCGCAUUGAGAAACAAUUUCGCAAUGAACAGACCAUGAGUAAAGUGCCCAGACAGACGGCUAAAUUGAAUUUCUUUUUUGGUAUUUUAUAUGUGGUAGCCUGUUGUUGUGCGUCUCAAUUGCCCACAUUUACAUACUCGAGGCAUUGAAGUGUAAUAAAAACAACAGAAAAACUAAUUCCCUUUUUUAGCAUUAUUAUUAAAGAAAAACAAACAAUUUCUAAUCAAUUAAUUUUUACCUUAACUUUUUUUUAACGUCAAUUUAACAAACAAAAAAAAAAUUUUUUAUAAUUUUUUUAGCCGAACAAAAAAUUAACAAAAUCGAAACAAAACUUUAAGUAAAACUAUACGAUAAUAUAAACUUAAAAGAAAAGAAUAAUGUUACAAACAGAAAAAAAAAUCAAUUUAUACAUACAUUGAUUAAAUUAGUGAAAAAAUUUAGGGAAUUUUUUUUAAUCAAAACAGAAAAAGAAAAUAUUAAUACAAAAAAUACAUAUUGUAUUGCAUUAAAGUAAGUUUUCCAUUUAAUCAUCUCAUAUAUAAUUUAUUUAUAAGUUUCAUUAUUAUUAUUUUUAUUUUAUUAAAGAUGUGACUUGUUGAAACAAAAGAAAAAAGAAAAAUUUUUUUUAUUACUUAGCUAUUUGGAUUAAAUUGCAUGUUUUAAGGUUUGGCCAUUGUUAAAAGAAGUCUUCUAGUCACAAAAAUAAAUUAAUAACCUUUUAAAGAAAUUUUGAAAAAAAACAUUUGCCAUUAACGCGAUUGGCGUAGGCGUUUUAUGCCAUCGAAAGUUUCGUAUUUGAUCAAAGAUAAAAUGCAAUCAGUUUCUUUAAUCUAGUACGAAACUGUCGACGGCGUAGAACGCUUACGUCUACCGCGAUAAGUGUGAUUAUAUAUCAAUCAUUUUCAUUAUUAUUUAUUACAAUAGUUACUAAAAUACGCAAUUCAUUAGUAGUAUAAAGAUUAGGUUCAUGCUAACUCUACUUUUCAUUUCAUUCAUACUUUAUGUAUUCAAACAAACUGCUAUAAUGUUUUUAAUUUUGUGUAAGUAAUCUCAUUUUUACAAAAUAAAGUGAGUUGAUGAUGUAUUAAAAAAAUAUUAAAA